AUGCCGGAGUACUGCGUGACGGGCGGCACGGGCUUCAUCGCCGCCUACUUGGUGAAGGCGCUGCUGGGGGAGGGUCACACCGUGCGCGCUACAGUGAGAGACCCAGGUGAAAGUACUUCCCCCUUCCCCCUCCUCUCUUCUUCUUCCACCACUGAUCCAAUCGUCUUCUCAGGCGACGCAGCCAAAGUCGGGUUCCUCUGGGCCCUUGCCGGCGCCGCCGAGAGGCUGAAGCUCGUGAGGGCCGACCUCACCGUCGACGGCAGCUUCGACGCCGCCGUGGCCGGCGCCGACGGCGUCUUCCACACCGCCGGCCCGGUCCUCGUCUCGGGCGACGGCAACAUCCAGGUGAGCUCCUUCCCUUCCUCUUUUCCUCUUCAUGGAACGCAGCUGCUCCUACGGCGGCGCCACCAGAUCUCCGCCGCUGGUGCAGGGGGCGCUGGUGGAGCCGUGCGUGAAGGGCGCCGCCAACGUCCUCUCCGCCUGCGCUAAGGCGAACUCCGUCAAGCGGGUGGUGCUCACCUCAUCCUGCUCCGCUAUCCGAUACCGCGACGACGCUGCCGCCGUCUCCCCCCUCAACGACUCCCACUGGAGCGAUCUCGACUACUGCAAGCGCCACAACGUACACACACCUCUCUCUCUCCCUCCCUCUCUCUCUCCCUCCCUCUCUCUCUCUCUACCCAUCUUCACCUGACCCCCAUAAGAAGUUGACUAUUGCUAGCGCCACAACGUACACACACGCCUUCUCUUUCUCUCUCUCUCUCUCUCUCUACCUAUCUUCUCCGCCCCGCCCCCCCCCAAUAGGACAUUGAUUACUGGGGUUAACCGGUUGGCUGAUCUGCAGCUCUGGUACGCGUUUGCGAAGACGCUAGCGGAGAGGGAGGCGUGGCGCGUGGCGGCGGAGCGAGGGGUUGACCUCAUCGUGGUGAACCCUUCCUUCGUCGUGGGGCCCCUCUUGGCGCCGCAGCCCACGAGCACCCUCCUCGUGAUCCUCUCCAUAGUCAAAGGUGGGGCACUCUUCCAUGUCUGAACCCUGAUGAGAUCUGAAAAAUCGUGGUCAACUUUCCUAAAAAAGAUCGGUUUCCGGCGGCGCCGAGCAGGGCAGGUGAGCGCGUACCCGAACGCGACGAUCGGGUUCGUCCACGUCGACGACGUCGUGGCGGGUCAUCUGCUGGCGAUGGAGGGCGGUGGCGCCGCCGGGAGGCUGGUGUGCUCCGGCGAGGUGGCCGGCUGGUCGGAGGUCGUCGAGAUGCUGAGGAAGGAGUACCCCUCCUACCCCAUCGCCACCAAGCUCAGUAUCCGUCCUCUCACUCUCAUACCUAACUUGUAUUCUGUCUGACUGGUUUUCUUUUCCUGAUUUGAGAGAAAAGAGAUGGGGAUGGGACGGCGCUGACUUUCUGACUGGUUUUCUUUCCUGAUUUGGGAGAGAUGGGUAUGGGGAUUGGAUGUCCUUGUCGGCGCUGACUAUCUGGCUGGUUUGGGAAAAAAGGAGAUGGGGAUGGGGAUUGGAAUUCCUUCCAUGUUGGCGCUGACUUUUUUGGGUCGUCUUUUGGGUGGGGAUGGAACAGGAGCGACGAUCGGACGGGCGACGACAUCUCGCACAGCAUGGACACAGCGAAGAUCAGGGCGCUGGGGCUCGCUCAGUUCCGGACCAUCCCGCAGAUGUUUGGGGACUGCAUCAGGAGCUUCCAAGAGAAGGGCUUCCUGUGA